AAAGAAAAGUAAUUUCCCUUUUCAAUUCUCACGCUAUAUCAUCUAGAAUUUGCUCCACCAAGAACAUCAAACAAAAAGGAUAUCACGCCUUCAAUCCCAAGAAGGAAAGACCGGAAAUUUUGAAAGAAAGAAAGAAACCCAUAUUUGAUUUUGGCAGAAAAAUAUGGAAAAUCAACAUAUGAUUCAUGUAGAAAAGGGUAAAGUUUAAUAAAAGCGGCAGCUCAGUCUCUUCAGUCUCUCAGUCUCAGUUCCCUUUUGUAGUGACAUUUGUCUUCGUUUUGGAAAAGAAAUUCCGAGAGUAUGUGUACAGAGAGAGAGAGAAGAAAUAUAGAAAGAGGGUUUUAGGAUGAAAAUCAAAGGUGGAGGGAGGAAGAAAAGUGCGAGCGCUUCAAUGGAGGUUGUAGUUGGUUCAGCUCAGGACGCCAUGGAUGGUGGUGAAGUUCAUGGAGGCGACUCGGAUUACGCUAAUGUCAAUACCAACAACAACCCCAUUAAUGUCUCUGAGCCUUCGACUUCCCAUUUGUUAGAGACCGAUCAAGACCAAAACCUAGAAGAGCCUGACGAUGAUGGCGAAGGGGAUGAAGAAGAUGAACAGGAUGGAGAUGACGCUGCUUUUGCUGCUCAGAGAACCAAUCUCGAUGAUGGGUUCUAUGAAAUUGAAGCUAUUCGUCGAAGAAGGGUUCGCAAGGGUCAGCUUCAGUACUUGAUCAAAUGGCGUGGCUGGCCGGAGACGGCUAAUACUUGGGAGCCCUUGGAGAAUCUCCAUACGUGCUCCGAUUUCAUCGAGGCAUUUGAACAGAGUUUAAUGAUGGGAAAGCAACGGAAGCGGAAGCGAAAACAUGGGGUUGUUCAUACUCAAACCAAGAAGAGGCAGCACCAGCAGCGAGCCAGCUUUUCAACUUACAAUGUCACAGAUGUUGAAAUCAGUGUUGUUGAUCAACGUCUGCCAUCUGCUCCUUUAAACAUGUCUAGCUUGACUAAUCCUUAUGCUCAUUCACAAUCCCUUGUUUAUAAUCACGAAGGAGAAAAGAAUGGAGAUGUAACUACUAUUGAAAGAGGCAAGCAAGCCGAUAUUGAUAAUAUUGGCAGGAAUGCUACUCAACGAUCUGAAUGGAAGAAAGAUGAACAUGAGUAUGAUCCCAAACUCAGUGAGCUUAAGACAACAGUAUUAACGAACAUAGCCAUUGGCGAUAAGCUUGCAAUCAAUUUUCAAGAUGCCAGAACAACAGAGAACAACGGCUCUGCAGCUGGUCUUUAUAAAGGUGGCUCUGUGGAACCAGUUACUGAUAAUCGGUGCACUGGGGCUAGGAGAAGGAAGUCUGGUUCGGUUAAAAGGUUUAGACAAGAUUCAACAUUAUCUGAUAUGCCUAUGUCUCAAAAUGCAGAAUUGACAUUAGCUGUUGUAGAAUCUGGUGUGAGAGUGGAACCAAUAGGGGUUGAGAAUUCUGGAUAUCAUGGAGAAAGUUUAAGUCGCAAUAACAGGACUGAUGAUGCCAGAAACGAAACAAGUAUCAUCAAGAUUAUUAAACCAUUAGGCUAUUCAGCAUCUGUGUCAAACAACAUUCAGGAUGUGUUGGUAACUUUUGUGGCCAUGAGGUCUGAUGGAACAGAAGUGGUGGUUGAUAACAAGUUCCUCAAGGCUAACAAUCCCCUACUGUUGAUCAACUUCUACGAGCAACAUCUCCGCUAUACUACCAGAUCAUAAACUGCAUAUCUAUGAAUGGCUGUGCAGAACAGAGAUUAGAAGUUAGAGGCUUAGAAUUAUGAAAUUAAUGUUUUGUAAGUAGCUGUCUCGGUCUAAGUUUUGUACAUAUUACAUAUUACCUCUCUGUGUUAAUCUCCUUGCAAUCAAUCCACUUGUUUAGCAAUGAAUAGCAUUGAUUAUAACCUUUGGAGGGUUCUCAGGAAGUCGAUGCAAUAUAUAGUAUUUUUUUUUCUUCUGAAGUUUGAGAACAAUAUGAUCGUAUGUUUUCUUGAGGGUUCUCCAUUCAUUUUGGUGCUUCAAGGACAUCAAAUCGAUUGCCAUCUUCACUUGCGAUGAAACUGUGCAACCAUGGUGAAUGUUAGGUUCAGGCUAGUAUGGCAUUUUCGAUCUUCAAUAUUAUGUCCUGCUUAGCGGUUUCUUCUUUCUUAUCUGCCUCUCGACUCAGGCGCGGCAGUUUGAACUUUAUGUUUGCAAUCACCCAUGUAUGAAGCAACUGGCUGUUGCCAUCCCUAUUGAAGUCUUUUGCAAUGUUUGUUUCUUUUUCUCACCCAUAUCUUGGAUUACUUUUCUGGUUUGGUUUUUAUUUAAAAACCAAGGACUAGUCAAGUGAAUGUUCAUUGUGGGGUUAAACUACAUUGGCAAAUGUAAGGCCAAAAUGGUUGGUUUAUAGAACAAAACAUAGUUCAGAGCUAUAUGUUGUAGGGCUUUUUAAGCGUAAAUUUGGAAGAUGAGGAUUAAUGUCUAUACAUAUGAGAUGUUUGUUUUCAGAGUAAACGGAAUGAAAUUACAAUUCCAGUGAA